AUGAAUGAUCCUCCAGAUAUUGAUUUGAUACCCAAUGCAGAUAAGGCUGCUCCAGAGAGGCCUAAUAAGAGGCAGCGGAGUAGCGUUGCCAGACAAGCAUGUGAACGAUGUCGCUCGAAAAAGACGAGAUGUGACGAAGAAUUUCCUUGCGGUUUGUGUCGAAGCCUGGAGAUCGAGUGUAUAUAUAACAGCCGCAAGUCGGUCGAAUCUUCGCAUUCUGAUUUUAUCAGAAUUCUUAGCCGCUUUGAAUCUACACUUGAGACUAUCUCUGCCAGGGUGGAGGGUGUCGUGCCUGCUUUGUUUGGACCCCACCGGACCGGCACACCUACCGCUCUCUACGCAAGUCAAAGCUCGGCAUUGCAUCCUCUUGCAAACCCAUCUAUAUCACAGGGAAGCCCGGAAUUGAUGGGCUCUGCAUCUGGAUCCCACCCGCAAAUCACCACAAUUCCAUUCAGUGCCCAUCAGGUGAUAUCUUGGAGUGGUGUGGUUAAAAUGUUGCCAGAUUCUGUUCAGAUGAUAUUGGCCCAGUAUGGUACAAACUAUGCCAUCACUCUUGAGUCUAAACGAGCACCACUCCACCAAGAUUGCUCAUCGUUGACUCGGCAAAAGUCCACCAAUUUCCUUGAUCAACUCACGGUCUCGACAGUUAAAGAGUUGUGCGACAGUUAUUUUGCCACGUUCCAUUUAGCCAAUCCUAUACUUGAUCGAACUUUCUAUCAAUGUCACACACUUUCUAGGGCAAUAGAUGGGAAUUUCGGCAACGAUAUUGAGAGCUGCGUGGUGCUUGUUGUGAUGGCCUUGGGCUCCUUAGGUCGAAAAAGCCCUCGCCGAGGGUGGAUUCGAACAUGA